AUGGUCAAGGCGGAUGUUAAACGGGACUACUAUGCGGACUUGGAUCUGCCUCCUACCGCAGACACCGAAGAGAUCAAAAAACAAUUCAGACUUCUGGCGAAACAAUAUCAUCCGGACCGAAACCCUGGUCGCGAAGUCGAGGUCGUUCCCAAGUUCCAAGCCGUCCAAGCAGCCCAUGAGAUCCUCUGCGAUCCGGUGGAGAAGGCCAAAUAUGAUGCUGGUCGGGCAAGAUUGGCUGCUAAAACCGCCGCUACUACUUCCUCAGCAUACCCCCCCGAUCCAUAUGGUUUCCCAAGACCAAACGACUCCAAAUCGACUCCUACAGCAAAACAGCAAUAUCCCUUCCCUCCACCUCCCAAGUCAGCGCAAACUCGUGCUCCCCGUCCGGCGUUUGCUCCGAAAAGUCAGCAACAGCAGGCCUCUUCUGGUGCCGAUAAAUUCAAUGCUUUCACCCGGGGGGUACCACAGUCAUGGGAUCGGGCGAAGUAUGACGAGGCCCGGGCAGAGGCAGCAAGAGUUUUUCCCGCCAUGAGGCCUACAUCAUCCGCUCAACAAAUGCCACCGAGAUCGACACCGCGGCAAGCCCCUACUGCCCCCAAACCCGGUUCUGGCUCGGAAAUGCCAUACGUGCCCAACGUACCGCCCACAAGUUUUCCGGGUCUAUCUAGGACGGCCAGUGCAAGAAAAUCAGACUAUCCUGGGCCCGACCCGUCGCAAUAUCCUCGUUCGGCGUUUUCUUAUGUCCAGGGCACACGUGGGCAGCCGCCGCCCAAUCCACACAUCCACGUCCAAGACAACCACUCGAUGCGAUCGCCUCCCGUUUCUAGGGCCAGGCCCGCGGUCAGUCCUCUACGGCAUGCCCGAUCUUCCGAUUAUGACAUGAGGAACGAUCUUGGGGGUCGUCCGCCCUCAAGAUAUGCUGGAACUGGUGGGGAGCGAACGGACAUCAAUGGGGACGGUCUACAUCGUUCGUCGAGUGUCCGCAAUUCACCGAUCGACGACCGAGGACCCUUUGGCAGGCCGUCAGCUCGCUAUGAGAAUAUUCCUCGCCAUCGGAGCGCUAGUCCCGGAAUGCGGAAGGCUGGAAUACAUGCAGAUUUCUCAGAGACCUCGUCGAGCGACGAAGAAACGUUGCCCAAGAAUUCUAGGCCAAAGGCUGUCCCUCGGAGCAAACCACAAGUCAGAACAGGGCUCAGUUACGAUGCUGACCAUAACCCGGGCCUGACAGGUCAAUUUCCUAGUACUAACUAUACUAGAAUCGUUGAUGACAGUCGCUAUCAGUACCCGCCUCCCGAUGCGAGGGAGCCGACGCGCAAGCCAUUCCCAAGCAUGGCAUCCCCAGAUGUUGAGGCACCCAAGCCUAAUGUGUUACAUGGUGAUGGUGGAGGUUCGGAUAAACCCAAGUAUGCUGCUCCCUUUUUCUUGGAUUCCCACACGUGGUCCCGAAGAAAUAGUCGCGAUGGUCCUGCUCAGAGAGGAUGUUCCUUCAACGGAUUUCCUUCAUGGGCAGUUCCUUCGAGUGUCUUUCCGCAGACCACGCCUCCCCGGCCUCAUAAGAAGAAGAGUGACACCCCCAAGGAAGGAGGCAGUCUUGAUUGCGUUCAGUCGUGGAUCAAUAGGACUAACCCAAGCGCCAGUCAUGCCUCCACUCAACCGAAAGUUCAGACAACGUUUUCAGCGGCGGAUUGGCAUGACAAGGUCACAGCCGAUGAUAUUUUCCGUGCGGAUGAGUCUCUGCGCAAGUCACCCUCGAAGUCAAGUCGGACUGCAAGCAAACCAACGUCGCGAGGGAGAGCGCAAUCGCGAUCAGCAGAACAAGAUCAAACAUCUCCGUCCGAGAUCCCCAACGGUCAUGGAGAAGACAAGUCGACAGCAUUCCAACCUGGCAAGUUGGCCGACGACUGGGCUGCUAGGGCGUCCGCGAAAACGGCUCCUGGGAACCCGAGAGCAAGUCCCGUGUCCGACACCACGGACGAUUCUAGAGAUCGCUACAUUGUGGUAGAAGAAGACGCAAUGGAUGUGGACACACCGCAGACCAACGGCAAUAGGCCUCCUACCUCGAACGGCAUCAAAUAUCCAGUCAGUGCUGGACCGCCCCGUCCCGAACCGAAACGCCGAUCCACGCACGGAGGAGUGGACCUGAAAGAAUUCACUGAGCAAGCCCCAUUUGCGCCAACGUCGGCCGGUCUCAAAGGCAUGAAAGAGGACCUUGUAACACACCUUCCAUUUGAAUCCCGAGCAUCCAACGAUGUCAACCUCAACCGUACCACGACUGCUCGUAUCCGGGCCUUGAAUCUCCCCAAACCACCCAAAGCUGUCACCCCGCCGGCCGAGGACCGAUUGGAUAAGGCCAAUUUCGCGCAGUAUGUUGAAAAUAUGGAUAACUACAUGCACGAAUGGAACAAAUUCAACGCGAAGAUGAUUGAGCAUUUUCGAUCCAGGCAGGAUCGUGUUUGCGGCACGAUGAGUCCGCAUUGGAUUUCGCAACCGAGCGAUGGACUAGACGCAGAUAUUUUGGAUGAAGAUGGCGCGGGCGAGAAGAAGGCUGGAUAUGGAGCGUACAUGCAGUGGCUGAAAGACGAUGCACAGUGUCGGACCUGGUGGGAAGAGGCAAACGAAAAGCAUUUACAAUGUUUAGAAGAUUUGGGCAGAAUCAGGCAGGUUGCGAAGCGAAAGUUGCGACCUUCAUGA